CAACAAUAGUAUGAUAGAUUAUUCAGGCCCUCCAAAGAUGCAGAUUCCCAAUCCCAGUAAUAAUAUCCCCUUUGCCCUCCACCGCAUCCCUAACCUCCAACAAAACAGCCAAAACCUCCAUACUCCUAUUCCCCGUUUGGCCGCGCGCAAAGAUCGACAACGUAUGCGGGCUCUCGCCCAGACGAAAGAAAUCGACGUACUCGGGGGACCGGCCGCCAUCGGCGGGCCCGCCCACAGCGACGACACCCACGGCCUGGAUCUCGAGCUCCUGGUCGCCCACGCGCUGAGUGGGCCAGCUCCGCCACAGCAGCUGGGCGCGGCGCUCGUGCUCGCCCUCGAGGAAGUUCCGGGACUGGAAGCCGUCCAGGGUGGCGGGGAAGGUGUCGUCGUGCGGGCAGCCGGUCACAACACUCAGAAAAACGCCGCUGCUCGGGGACGAGACGGCGAUGAGCGUGUACUGCACGCUGAGUUCGCCCUCGACGCCGAAGGUGACUGUUGCCGGCGUGAUCUGGUAGCCUGCGUCUAUGGGGAAGGCCGUGGAGAGGAGGCUGAGCCAUUCCUCGCGUCGGGUCGGGAUGCGGCCUAUGUCUGUCCGAGUCCGAUUCAU